AUGCAGGUUAUUGAAUGUUUCAUCUGCGACCGUUCCUCGACCAAGGGCUGUCUGUUGGAUUUACGAGAUAUCUUCUUCCUCACCAGCGCUGCGUUCCGUUCCCAGGUGGUCCAGGAGUACGAGCGAGCUGUCAUCUUCAGGCUCGGUCGUCUGCUAAAGGGCGGUGCCAAGGGACCAGGUAUCUUCUUCGUGGUCCCUUGCAUCGACUCCUACAGGAAGGUCGAUCUCCGAACCGUGUCAUUCGACGUGCCGCCACAAGAGAUCCUCUCCCGUGACCACGUGACAGUGUCGGUGGAUGCUGUGGUAUACUACAGAGUCCACGAUCCCGUCAUGGCGGAGAACAAUGUGGAGGACUACAGGUAGACGCGCGCGGAGAGG